AUGGGAGACACUAGUAAUUCUGUGACCGAGGAGAGCGAAAAAAACUCAAAGGAAUCCAUAACGAAUGCACUACGACCUGCCAAACCGUCAGAAAAUAUCGCCAUAUCUUCAGCGACCCCUCUGACGUCUGAAGAAGAGUUCGAAAAAAUCCACGAAACUGUGGAGUCGGAGGUAAACGUACGAGAAUCGAAAGGAACAUUGGAAGCUUCAGAAGAAGAAAAGAGUGACGAGCCGAAAAAGCAUCCAUCAGAACCGACCGCUAAAGAUACCCCAUCGAAAACCACCCAAUCCAGCGAAAAACUACCCCCGACGAACUUGGACCUCCCUACACCUACUUCCCUGGACAAAAAACCCAGGGGCGGCGAACCAAAUCACAAUGACCGAUUGCUCAGAAAUCAGAGCGAUAUUUUUUCGUUGAAGGAGCAGACGAGCGUUUCUUCUUCUAUUUUUUCGAUCAACGGGUCACCAUCCAGAAAGGUGUCGCGCAAGCGUGAAACAGUCCCUAUCGGUGGACAACUGUCCGAGCCACCCGCGGACAAAUUGUCCACCGUCUCGAGGGACAAAUUGCGAGACAGAGACAGCUACAACGACAUGAAGCGUCCGACGAGCUCCCUGCGGAACCCCCUCACCGGCACCGGAUUGAGUUCCAACGACGAGUACAAGUUCAAAUCCAGCAAGCGAAAAGAUGGAAACCCACUGCUGGGACUAGGAUACGACCCUGAGGUAGUCCCUUCAGGACACAGAAUUCCCCCUGGUGGAUUCUCCCACAAAUUAUGGUGA